GUAGGUGUUGACUUUUGUUGAUAUUAUUCUCAUUGAUAAGUCUUUCGAUGCAAAGGUCUUGCAUGUGAUUGGAGUUCGCAGUUAAUAUCAAGCAAUCGGUCAAUGAAUCAGCAUGAUGCGACUCCUACUACCUCCCUUUAUAGCUGCUAAAAUAAUGGCAAUCCACUAGCUACUUCUACGGACGACUGCAGACUUUAUCGUGGAAGGAAUACAUUAAACAAUGCAUUUGACAGCUUCCAUCAUAGCUACGAUAACCGUCCACAUGGGCGAUGUCAACGGUGUGGCAUUCUCUGGCGACAAGUUAGCAACCGGUUCAGGUGAUAAGAAGGUGCGUUUGUUCUCAAUGGACACGUGGAAGGAACGGGCGAUCUCGCCUCUGCAGGGACACACCUACUACGUCAACUGCGUUGCCUUCUCUCCAUUUGGGGCACAGUUGGCAUCGUGUUCCACGGACGGGAAGUGUAUACUAUGGGAUCCUAGGUCAGGAACCAAGAUUGCCAUCUUGGAGCAUCCGAGUAAGAACGGACUUCGCGUCUGUACGUUCUCGCCCAACGGAGCGACCCUCGCCACCGCCGGCGACGACGAGACCAUUGCAUUGUGGGAUACGUCGACGCGGACCAUCACCCGGUCACUCGUAGGUCACGAGGCGUGGGUAACGACCUGUGAUUUCACUCCUGACUCCACCUAUCUAAUUUCAGGGUCGACGGGUGGCGAACUGCGACUGUGGGACGCGAGAUACGGUCACGGAAAAUGCCUCGUCCUCGUCAAGGUCGCUCACGACCUUGGGGUCACCUCAUCGCAGUUCUCGUCGCGCCACGGAGUGCAAGGUUCUACAGUGCAAGGAUCCGUAGCAGGAGAGUUCCUCUGGCAACCUGCGGCCAGGAUAACGAUGUGAAGCUGUGGAAACGUGAGAACAGGCCUGCUAGGUGUUUCGAUCACGGCACGCACGGUGCUUCGUGGCCACGAGUCAAGCGUGAUGUGCGUGUGUUUCUCACACAGCGCCCGCCUGCUCGCUUCAGGGUCUGGGGACAAGACUGUGAUUCUGUGGGACAUGGUGAAUCCCUAUUACAGGUAAAUCCUUGCCAGCUUCUAUUACAGGUGAAUCCCUA